UGGGAGUGACAGAUGGGAAACGAAACUCAGAAAGGCAGUAUAAAUAAUCACAUACUGGGUGGUUGCAUACAGUGAGACAGACCAGGAUAUCACAGAGAAGUCUACAAAGAGUGACCCAAGUCUCACCUAUUUUUGCCAUCGGUGUAUAGUCCUCUGAAGAAAAAUGAAGACUAUCUGCACUGUCCAGCAACAAGAUAUAUGUAUUGCCUGAUAACAGGAUAUGUAUACCAGGUCAAAAAAAAAACAGACACCAACAACAACACCAAACCUGACCAUACCACCCAGCACACCACCCAGCAUUAAGCAGGCAAAAGCACCCAUGAUGUUGCAGGCAAAAAAAAAAAAAAAGCAAAAAAAGACAAAAUGUAAAAAAAAAGCACAGAAGCCUAACCUCGCUACCCCAAUAGAUAAAAAUAUAAUCCAUAAAACAAUAGAUACAAAUAUAACCUCUAAAACAAGUGUGCCCAAAAAAAAACAAAAGAAAAUUAUUUCUGUAUGGAGUUAUAUUGUGCCAUUCAAUCGCAGACCACGUGAAAAAACACAGCAACACCAUCAUAAAAAGGAAUCUGUGUGGGCCAGUAAGUGUAAGAACUGCAUAUUGGCAUCAUCAGUACAUGAUAUUGUUAACAGUCAGUUCACAAAGAACACAAGUAAGCUCAUGCCAGUAUCACAAUUGCGAGCUAUACUCAGUUCAGGAGGUAGAAACCUGAUUCCAGACCAAGAAUGGAUGAGGUUUAUGGAAGAGGAGGCCAUUCGUAAGUAUAAAAGUGUUAAAUCAGAUUGCAAACAUAAAGUGCAGGUAAAAGACUAUGAAGUAGUUAGCCAUCCAGAAAAUCCUUGGCUGGUGGGUUUAUGCAUGUGGGCGAAUGAUAGGCACACCAAAGAAAGAUGGCCCUUGCUGGUGAAGUGCUUAUACAAGUACCCAGAUAGCACAAUACGGCAUGCCAGCAAGCAUCGCUCCUUCUGCUUGAGAUGGAAUGAGGUCAACUAUACACUUAGGAGUGACCAUGCAUACUACACCCAAAUACAAUGCCUCUUGGCUAUCACAGACAAAAUCUAUGCAGAACUAUUAGUCCACACGCAUAAAGAAACUACCGUUGUUCCUGUUUAUUAUGAUGCAGAUUUUUGGAAAGAAACAGAGAUCAGACUGGAGACAUUCUUCACACACAAUGUACUGCCUUACUUUAAGAAUAAUGGAAUGGAGCAAGGAGAUUCCAUGGUGAAACCUCCAGCCUCCAACCUCAGUUACACCAGAGAUGAAACUCUCUUGCAAAAAUGUUGUUCUUUAGAGCGUGGGGAGAUUUCCAUGGCCUCCUGUAAACUAUGCGAUGUCCUUGAUGGGCAUGAGAAGGAGAUAGAAGAUUUGCAGACACUUCCUAAAGAAAAACAGGAAGAUGCCGAAAAUAGAGCGCGUAGAGGUAACCUUAGGAUCAGAGGUUUGCCAGAAUCUAUUACCGACCUACAAGGUACUAUAACGACAUUCUUUCAAGAACUUGCACCAGAUAUUCCAGUUGAAUGUCUGAAAUUCGAUCAUAUACACCGGGAACUGUUCAGUCAAACACCUUAUGCCAACCCCCGAGAUGUCAUUAUCAAAUUCCAUUUCUACUGCACAAAAGUUCGCUUAUCUCAAGCAGCGUAUGCAAAAUCAGAACUACUGUUCCGAAAUCAUAGACUGCAACUAUUCAAUGACAUCGCUCCAUCAACAAUUGCGAAGCGCAAAAAACUCAAACCUUACUUGCAAAUUCUACAGUCACAUGGUGUAAAAUACCGCUGGGGUUUCCCAUUUAAACUUUUGUUUUCAGUCCAAUCUCAACAAUUUCAAGUAUCCACUACCUCGGAUCUACGGAAAUGCUUCCAAGAACUUGGCUUCGAAUUGCCCUAAAUGCCAACAUAGUCCCAAGCUUUGGACUCUAGAAUCCUUCCUACACGCUCUACAGUCCAGCCGGUCCUGCCGCAAUAGCAGCUUUCAUCCACUGAUGUCCACAGUUCUCAAGCAUUCCGCAGACUACAAGCUUUUCCUGAAUUCUGCUCUACACUUUCUUUAUUGCCUUAUACCUUCUACACACGAUCUGAAUUUCCGUCGGGAUAAACUCUGACAAAUUUUUUAGACGACAUUCCGUUCAAGCAGUCUUGCAUACACACUGUCACACCAAAUUCCGACCAUCAAGAACGCGGUGACGUACAACACUAAGACGAGCCGAG